AUGUCGAAGAUUCUGACCAUCUUCGGCGCUACAGGCAUUCAAGGCGGCUCUGUCGUUAAUGCUGUAUUGGCUGACAAGGUGCUCUCCAGAGGUUUUAAAAUUCGCGCAAUCACCCGCGACGCUUCUAAGCCCCAGGCAUUGGCCCUGAAAAACCGUGGGCUUGACGUUGUAGUGGCCGAUUUGUCCUCUCCUGAGACAGUUACCGCUGCCGUAAGUGGCUCACAUACCGUAUUUCUCGUCACCAACUUUUGGGAGUUGAUGUCGAAGGAACAAGAGAUCCACCAAGGGAAAGUUGUCACAGAUGCUUGCGUAAUUGCUGGGGUGCAGCAUCUGAUUUUCUCCUCUCUCAUCAAUGUUACAACAGCUAGUGGAGGGCGAUUGACACAUGUUCGUCACUUUGACAGCAAAGCAGCAAUUGAACAGUAUGUCCGACAGAGUCAUAUUUCGGCAACGUUCGUCCUAGCCGGGGCGUACAUGUCAAACUACUUUGAUGCGAUCCGCCAGAAUAAUGAUGGAUCUUAUGCUAUGGCUAUGCCCAUUUCUGGACACAAGGCUCAGAUACCUCUCCUAGAUGCUCUCGGUGAUACCGGCAAAUUUGUCAAGGCAGCGAUGAAGAAUUUCCCAAGAUACGUUGGGAAGCAUAUCCUUGCCGCCUCUGAGUAUUAUACUCCAGAUCGCUUGAUGAGCGAAUUCUCGGAGGUUAUUGGUAGAGAUGCUAGCUUUGUGCAAGUAUCGCCCGAAGCUGCCAAGGAUUUAUUUCCCGCGGCUAGAGCUGAGGAGAUGGUGGACAAUCUGCUGCUUCUUGAGGACCCUGGCUACUUUGCAGGUGAACCCUUGGAGGAGAGUUUGGCGCUUUUAGACGAGAGGCCAAGUUCUUGGAAAGCGUUUGCCGUGGAGAAUGUGGAUAAGUGGCUGUGA